UCUGAUACCCAUUCACCUUGCGUUGGUUUGAAAAUGAGUGAUUCUCCCUUACCCUUGGUUUCCACGCCUUCAAGAAUAACUGACUACUUUCCACCAAGUCCAAAAACAAGUCAAGAAACUGGCGAUAAAGAUGAAAAAUUCAAAGAAACCAAGACCAACAAAAUUGACAUUUCCAAUUCUUCAAUAUUAUUGACCCCUGAACCUUCACCUGCCAAAGACAAUGAAAAAGAUCAGAAAGAUAAAGUUGAAACAGACAGUAACUCUAGUACUGAACAACCUAAAUGUAAACAGGUUCUUUUAGAAAAAUAUGACGAAAAAGAUGAAGAGGAAGAAAAGCCUAAAGGAAGACAAAAGAAAUCAACAAAAACAGAUUCUACUUCACAGAAUAAGAAGAAAGCAUCAAGGAAAAAAAAGACAGCAGAGCCUACUCAACCUAGUCUACAGAACAGCUUGUUGACAGACUUCUACCCUGUCAGGCGUAGUAACAGGAGAUGUAAAUCUGAGUUAGAGAAAGAUAAACAGUGUGAGAUAGAAGAUAAAAUAUUAAACAAGAAAGAAGAAGGUUUGAAGGUUGAAGAAAUUGCCAACAAAGGUCGUGGGGUGAUUGCCAGUAAAGAUUUCUUCCGUGGAGACUUUGUUGUGGAAUAUGCUGGUAACCUUAUCAGUCAGAAGAUUGCCAAACAGAAAGAGUUGGACUACGGCAAGGACCCCAGUAUUGGCUGUUACAUGUAUUACUUCACUCAUAAAACUAUUAAUUACUGUGUGGACGCAACUGCAGAGAGUGGGCGUCUUGGUCGUCUCAUCAACCACAGUAGAACCAAAAACAACUGUCACAUGAAGUUAACAGAAAUAAAUGACCGACCAUACCUCAUGCUUGUGGCUUCAAGAGAUAUUUCCACGGGUGAAGAACUUUUAUAUGACUAUGGGGAUAGAAAUAAAGAAUCUCUGUCAUCACAUCCAUGGUUAAAGUCAUAAUGAUUGUUUUUUGUUAGCUUUUAGUGUUUUAAAUUACCAUGGUUACCCUGUUUUGAAUUGUUACUUUUUAACAGAUGUUCAUUCGCAUUUAUAUUGACUGAUUGUGUUUGAUGUAUGUUUUAAAACAAGGUCUGUGUCAUGUGUAUGAAUGUAGUUUUUAUACAACCUCUUAUGUGUUAUGUGUAUGAGUGUAGUUUUUAUGUAAACAAACUUUAUUUGUCAUGUGUAUAAAUGUGGUUUUAAGAGUUUUUAACAGAAGUUGUGGUUGUUGUUUCCAUAAAUAUUUAUUUUUGUAGCUGUUGCAACUAAAUAUUCAGAGAUAUGGACAGAAAAAGUUCAUGGAGUUGUUUAAAAAGCUAGUUUUAUUAGCUACCUCGUAGAAAAUUAUUUUCUAAGUCUAAUGAAUUUGUGAAAAAUCAAUUUAAAAGAAAAUUCUAUGAUCAUGGUUAAAAAUGACAGAUUAAACUCAUAGUGCCUGAGUUAUUUAUAUAUUUAUACAUAUAUGUUCAUUAUUUUAAUACAAAAAAAUGUUUGGGUAUUAAAUCAAUUAUAGCAUCUAAAUAGGGUUUAAGAAUAUUUUACAUACUAAGAUGUUAUCCAACUGAUGAUCUUUUGCUUGGGCAUUAAAUAUUGAAUAUGAGACAUACUUUGUAUAAUCAGAGAUAUUGUUCAAACAAAUCAUGAUUUGAGAUACUAUUCUUAGUUUUGUGGAAAAUAUUUAAAAUGUGAUGCCAAAUUAUUAAUUAUUAUUUUGUGUAAUUCAGUUAUUUAGAUUUUGACUUGAUAUUGACAUAAACCUAAAGCUGAGAAUCACAUGUUGACCUUAAAAUUUCUUAUUAAGUUUUAAUGUUUGCCUUGGUGUCUCAAAUUUUCUGAGUAUAAAUUCAGAUCCUUUUUUGUCUUUGGAGUUAUUUUGUGGAAAGAGCUCGACAUUUUUACUUUGUGAGAUUAUACUGAUU